AGUGAACUUAAAAUAAUCCCAGUCCACCCUUUGACUUCCGUUCAAACGCUUCCUAAAAGCAUUUCAACUGUAUUCAAAGGACAGUCUUGACUUCUGACCUGCAACAGAACAGAAUGAUUUGGUGUGGCGGUAUUCUGCUGCUGCCCGUCUUGGCGCUGGCCAACUUCACUCAGGGUCCUUCGCUACUACUGGACUCGGAAUGGGAGAGCUGGAAGACCGUCUACGAGAAGGACUACAACAGCCAGGGGGAGGAACAAAGUCGGAGGUCCAUCUGGGAGAAGAAUAUGCAGCUGAUUGAUGCCCAUAACCAUGAAUACAAGCGGGGGAUCCAUUCCUAUCAGCUGGGGAUGAACAGCCUGGGAGACAUGACGAGCGAGGAAGUGGCUAUGAAGAUGACCGGGCUGAGAGUGCCACGGUUCAGGAAGUCCAACAGCACCUUCCUCCCUGACGGUGACCUACGGAAGCUGCCCAGGUCCAUUGACUACCGCAAGAAGGGUUAUGUCACCCCAGUCAGGCACCAGGGAUCCUGUGGCUCCUGCUGGGCCUUCAGUGCCGCUGGUGCCCUGGAGGGCCUGAUGAAGAAGAAGACGGGGAAGCUGGUGUCACUCAGCCCUCAGAAUCUGGUGGACUGUGUUAACCAAAGUGGCUGUAUAGGAGGCUUCAUGACAGAUGCCUUCAAAUACAUCAGCACCAAUAAAGGCAUCGACUCUGAGAAGGCGUACCCUUAUGUUGCAAAGGACCAGGCAUGUGCCUAUUAUGCUUCAGGAAAAGCUGCUAUGUGUCGUUGGUACAAGGAAGUGGAGUCUGGGAAUGAAAGAGAGCUGCGGGUCGCCGUUGGCAGGGUGGGCCCUGUGUCCGCAGCGGUCAGUUCCUUACUGGACACCUUCCGGUUCUACAAAAGGGGUGUAUACAAUGACCCCAGGUGCAGUGCAGAUGACAUUGAUCAUGCAGUCCUGGUCGUGGGAUACAGUUUCACCUGCUGGGGAAAGAAGUACUGGAUCAUCAAGAACAGCUGGGGGACAGACUGGGGCAUGAAGGGAUACAUGCGAUUAGCGCGCAACCUCAACAAUAUCUGUGGAAUCGCCACCAUGGCCAGCUACCCCAUCAUUUAACCACUAGGGGGUGCUAUACCAGUGAAAGAGGAGAUACUGGUGAAGAGGUGUGGGAGAAGCAGAAGGACCUUGCACUCAAAGUGGAUGAAAAACAAAAAAACGGGAAAAACUUCAUCCAGACAUUGAACAUCAUUGACGACUGCAGAAAUUCACUCAUCGAAAUACAGCUGUGUACUCCAACAGCCCCCACUGCUUCCAGAGCUGCAGUCGGAUGACUUGCACUAGAUAACUGCAUGAUUUGUUGGGAGUGUCGUACCAAAAUUCUUUCAUAGCCAUUGAGAAUGAGGAAGUGGUUUCUUUUCAGCCUUCAGAUCUAUGCCGUGUGACACACUUUGUUGUUCUGCUCAGUUUCGGCACUUUAAGAUCACUUAGAACAGGAGAGGCUAAUUUUAUCCACAAACAGCCAGUGUUUGUGUAAGUUUUUGGGAUAAACUUUAGGUCAGCUGUUCAAACCCAAGUGUCAGAUCUCUUCAGCCAAUCAGUCCUCUAAUUAGUAAUCGAAUUAGGGAGUUGCAGCGAAAGCAGGAACACACACAAUGGAUACGGAACUUCCUGGAUAAUAAUGGCCACAUAAUAAGAGCAGACACAGAAUAAGAGUGUUAAGCAUGUAUCUGUGCCAAUAUGAUAGUCAGAUCAUCCAUCCGUAGUAUUUUGCAGUGUUCUUUUGUGAACUUCUCAUACGUUUCCUGAGAAUUCCUGUGUAGAUUACUGAAAAUGGAAAGGUUUGUCAAAUGAGAAUAUAUAUAUAAUACAACCCAUAAAAAAAUGCUUGUAACGGUGAACUUGGUCUUUGAAACGAUGCCCAGAACCAUAAGUGUGAUUAAUUUUUAUGUCUGGUUUGUUUUUAUCAAAGAAAUAUCUCUUCUGAUAAUAUUUUUAUUGAGAGAAUGAAAUAAAAGCAUGCAAUCAAA